AUCCACUUCAUCUUCGUAUAAAUAUAUUCAGCAUGUGCAUAAUUUUUCACAUUCAUUCUCAUAAUGAAGCUAAUAAUUGCAGUUUUAUUUUCACUUUCUCUCUCAGUGGAAUCCCAAAUUCCUUGUAUCUUCAGGGAAUCGACGGCGUCAAUAACAGGAUACGAUGUAAAUAAAGUCGAAAACGUCACAGUUUCAAACGAUGACGUUAAAUUCUAUUUCAAAAGUCAACAAUAUCCGGACGGAAUAGGUCCGAUAGAUCUAAAUGAUACGGACGCAGUUUUAUCAACAGGAUUUUCGCAUACCAAACCAACGGCUUUCGUGGUUCACGGUUGGAGAAGUAGUCACAAGUCCGAGAUAAUGGAAUUAGUACCGAAAGCUUUCACCGAUACAAAAGACAUCAACGUAUUCGUCGUCGAUUGGAGCUCGAUAGCUCGCAAAUUGUAUACAGUAGCGUAUAAAGCGGUACCUGAAAUCGGAGUUAUCUUAGCGGACAACAUCAAACUCUUGAUGACCAACUACAAAUUGAAAUUGGAUAAAACGGCAAUUAUUGGACAUUCUUUGGGAGCUCACGUUUCUGGUUUGGCGGGUCAAGCGCUCGAAGGGAAAGUUCGUUACAUCGAAGGUUUGGAUCCCGCUCUACCUUGUUUUUCUUACGAAGAUCUAAAUGGACGUUUAGACGCCUCCGACGCUAAAUACGUCGAGAUAAUUCACACCAACGCCGGUUUAUUAGGUUUCGACGUCGAUCUCGGACACGCCGAUUUCUAUCCCAACGGAGGAAAAAGCCAACCGGGAUGUUCUGCAUUAGACGUUACGGGUAGCUGUUCUCAUGGUAGAUCGUACAAAUACUACGCGGAAUCUAUAGUGAGUGGUGGGUUUGUUUCGAAACGCUGCGAUAGUUACAAGGAUUUCGAGGAGGAUGAAUGUUCCGGACCUACCACAACUAUGGGAGAAUUUUUCUUGAAAAAAUCUUUAGUAAUAAUGUUAUCGGCAACUAUGUCGAAAAUCGUUAUUUUUUUAUCACUAUUUGUUCUAGUAACAUCAGAUAGUUCUUGUGUAUUCAGGGAAAGUACUUCUGCAAUAACUGGAAACGUUUCGAAUCCCCAUGAACUUUAUAAUGUAUCAGAAAGCGACAUCAAUUUUUAUUUUAAAAAUCAAAAAAAUCCUGAUGGUGUCGGCCCCCUGUAUCUAAACGAUUCCGACAGUGUUAAUUCGGCAGGAUUCUCAGCCGAUAAGGACACCGUAUUCGUAGUUCAUGGUUGGCAAAACGAUCACACAUCACCAAUAUGUUCAAUUGUACCAAAAGCUCUAACAGAUACGGUGGACGUUAACGUUUUCGUCGUCGAUUGGGGCGCAAUUUCUUACGGCAUGUAUUUACCCGUGUUCGAAGCAGUUCCGACGAUAGGGAAAAUUUUGGGAAACAAAAUCCAAUAUUUGGUUAACAAUAAUAAUUUGAAUUUAAGUACCACGGCCGUAGUUGGACAUUCUUUGGGUGCUCACGUCGCCGGUUUAGCCGGUAAAGCUCUGGGAGGUAAAAUUAAUUACAUUAUAGGUUUGGAUCCGGCUUUACCUUGUUUUUCUUACGAGGAAAUUGAUAAUAGACUAGCCGAAUAUGACGCUCUUUAUGUUGAAAUUAUUCAUACGUGUGGAGGUUUAUUGGGCUUCAAUGUCAGUAUUGGAGAUUCUGAUUAUUAUCCGAACGGAGGUAGCGAUCAACCCGGAUGUCCAACAGACGAUUUCGGUAGUUGUUCUCAUGGUAGAUCGUAUGAAUAUUAUGCGGAAUCUAUAGUGAGUGGUGGAUUCAUUUCGAAAAGUUGCGAAAGUUACGCCGAUUUCCAAAAAAAUAAUUGUGCUAACGACACGUCGUAUAUGGGAGAAUAUGUAAUAAACAAAAAGGCUACUGGAGAUUAUUUUUUGUCGACAAAUAGCGUCUCUCCGUACGCGAAAAAUUGAUUCAAAUUUUGUAAAAAUAAAAUUUUCGCAUUUGA